AUGGCUUCUCUCAAGCUGCUUCCAGACUCCGGCAUCACUUCCAUGGUGAUGGGGAAUGAUAUCUUUGCAUUUGCACAAACCUAUGAGGGCGACAUUUACCAGUUCGUGGGCAACGUCGAAAAAUCGUCAGAGUUUUGUGGCUUAAGGAAGAAGUCAAACGUCAUCAUAGAGCGUCUGAAAGGCAAGAAUCCUAAACCUGAUGCUCCCAAGCUAUUCACUCCCAUUGCUGCUGUAUCUUUCACCGACCGUCUCAACAAGCCUAUGAGUGAACGGUACGUCUUUUAUCUGGACGACAAGAACAUUCUCCAUGACCAAUACGACCUUGGGAAUGGCGACUACCAGCAUGGAAAGCUGGCUGAGUUGAAGAUCGAAUGUGCUCACUACUCAAGCUUAGCAGCCGUCACUAUCAGAGGUGACGUUGUGAACCACAUGUGUGUAUUCUACCAAGCCCUCACCCGGGACGGAGCUGUAAAGAUGGUCAGCUUUGCCGGCCUCCAUAGGACCUGGCAGCAUGGCGGCGCCAACCUCAGAGACCCGCCACUCUACGGCACCUCCCUCAGUGCAGUGCCUCCUCGCGCAGGCAUCCUAGGCCGUAGUAGUUCAGAUAAGUCGAACCAAGGACAGCCAAUAUACUAUCUCCAACUAGACAACCACGCCUUGGGCAGUGGACAGGGCACAGCAGGUAUGAAUGUCAUGCCACGUAGUUCUUCUUUGAUUCUGACGUUCAAUACCACAGAACCUCUCCCACUGGCAGGCUAUGAUUGCGACGGAAAGCCGGUAGCAUUCUCACCGCACACAAGCCUCACUGCCGUUGACAAUGGAAUUCACCUGCAUCUUAUCUACAAGUCCCACUCUGGCAAAGUGAAGGCAGUUCGCAUCGACCCGAAGGAAGGCCUCCUGCUGCCUGAACUCUUCUUCCACGACGUCGACGUUGCACCUCGGAGUGCGAUCGCAGCGUGUAUUGCACCCAACACGGGCACUACCACCAGCAUCGUGCUGUUCUACCAAGCGCUCGACCCGGACUCACGGAAAGUCCAAAUGGCAGCGAGAGUGGUAUACAAGCCCGCCACCGCUGCCACUGACACCAAGUGGAACGUGUCUGAGAAGGAGGUUCUUGGGGAAUGA